ACGUGUUGCAAAAGUUAUAGCUUUAUUAACAGUUAUAAUCUAACUUAAUUAAAAACCUUCGCGAUAAAACUGUCAUACUCUACUUCAAAGUAACUUUAAAUAAAUUCCAAUUUUAAAGCAAAAAGUAGUGGUCUCUUUUUAAUUUUUACUUUACUUAAAAAUAAGGGAGCACACACACUAUUACCGUGGCAUUUGAAGACGUGCCACUGGGUUCAGGCGGUGCAGCGCCAACCCUUACGCGGACAACUUCUCGACAAUGCUUAGCAUGCCAGCAUAAAGCCAAACUGCUUCCUGAGAUACCGGAGCCGACGGUGGUGCAGCCGCCGCCGGCGAUCGCCAGGCAGAUGGCAGCCAAGCCAGAUAAUGCUACAGCAGAAGCGCUGGAGGACAGGGAUCCUAAUAAUCUAAACCAGCACGUACAGAUAGUAUGGGAUGACAUAAUCGGCGAGCCAGAGGGCGCGCGCAGUCCGGAGUGCUCAUGGCGGCUGAGCAACACGUGCUUCGCGUAUGCGCGUAACUGGUGCUACACAGUGCUUGCCGUUAUAAUCGCGCCACCUUGCGCACUCAUCUUGGGAUGCGGAUUCGCCUGUCUCGCUUUUGAGCAAAUUUGGUGUACUGGGCCCUGUCUGCGAUGUGUGAAGAUUUACUUCGCGUCUCUUCGAACGAUGGUGCAGUCGUGCAUGGCGGCCACAGUCGUGCCCGCUGCAGAGGCCCUUGGCCACAUCUGCCGCCACAUCCGCGUUAACUAUCGAAAGGACGCGCCGGAAGAAAAGGAUUUACUCGUCGUGUAGUGUGCCUUUAAAUGUUUUUUUUUAAUGCGAAAAGCGUUUUCGCGCGCAUAAUAUUCUUCAAAACAGCUAGUGACAUGUGUGUUUGUCAUUUUAAAUAAACCAGUGAAAUGAACAUUAACAAAUGAAGUGAUAAAAAGUGAAAUAAAUUGAACAAUCGUAUAAAUAUAACUGAAUGAACUUCAUAAACAUUUAAAAUAAUAGCAAGUAAAGUUAUAUAUCACCGUA